UCCUUAGUUAAACAUCACAUUUACUAAAGUCUUAUCCGGGUGGCAACAACCUCCAAAACGAGCACACCCACCCCGGGCGGGAGCCACGACUACAGCGCAGAGUGACAGUUGAUUUGACCAACAGGAAGUCCCGGUGCAGCAGCCAGCUCUUCGCCUCUACAACGGGCGGGAUAUCCGCAGUAGUAAGCUAGCUAAUAACAUGGCGAAGACUUACGAUUACUUGUUUAAACUACUUUUAAUCGGCGAUUCAGGUGUCGGGAAAACCUGCGUGCUUUUCAGAUUUUCAGAAGAUGCUUUCAACUCAACGUUUAUUUCAACUAUAGGCAUUGACUUCAAAAUCAGAACAAUAGAAUUAGAUGGAAAGAAGAUCAAACUACAAAUAUGGGACACAGCGGGGCAAGAGAGGUUCAGGACCAUCACAACAGCCUACUACAGAGGAGCCAUGGGAAUCAUGUUAGUGUAUGAUAUUACCAAUGAGAAAUCCUUUGACAACAUCAAGAACUGGAUAAGGAAUAUAGAAGAGCAUGCAUCAGCAGAUGUAGAAAGGAUGGUCCUCGGGAAUAAAUGUGACGUCAACGACAAGCGACAGGUGUCCAAAGAAAGAGGAGAGAAAUUGGCACUGGAGUACGGCAUCAAGUUCAUGGAAACAAGUGCAAAGGCGAACAUUAAUGUGGAGAAUGCUUUCCUAACUCUUGCCAGAGAUAUCAAAGCAAAGAUGGACAAGAAACUGGAGGGCAACAACCCUCAGAGCAGCAAUCAGGGAGUCAAGUUUUCAGAGCAACCCAAGAAGAGCAGCUUCUUCCGCUGCACGCUUCUGUGAGAAGAUGGAAGCGUUGGCAUCCACCAUCGCCUUAACUGCAUCCCCCACUGGACAGAACUGGACAGAGCACACUCUGAUGACUGUUUAUUUCUCCUCCCUUGUCUUCCUUCAUGAUUUAGCCAAUAAUUACAUAGGG